GUGACUAGAAUUCAAAAACUUAUCUAGAGAUCCCUUUUCUUGUGUCAAACGCAAGGUAAAUGUCAAAUUAUAAAUAGUUAUUGGAAGAAAUGGCUCUAAUAUUUAGGGAAUCAACGAUAACAAAAUUGAGGUCGGGUAUUUUAAUGUGCCGAUAUUUUUGCGACAAAGCAAGGAUCAAGAAAACACUCUCCAAAGAAUUUUCACAGGGACGAACACUUAGUUUGGACCAAAACGUUGCGAUAAUAACAGGAGGAGCUGAAGGAAUAGGAUUAGCUAUAGCCAGAGUGUUCUUGAAAUGUGGCAUAUCUGGACUUGCUGUUGCUGACUGCAGCAAGGAAAAAGGGGAAGAGUCGAUAAAACAACUAGCUUGCGAAUUUGGCGAAAACAAAGUCCUUUUCUUUGAUGGAGACAUGUCACAAUCGAAAGCUUUCGAUCGAGUGUUUAAAGAGACUCUGAAUCAUUUCGAAAAUGUUAACAUCGUUGUAAACAACGCUGGAGUAAUGAACGAUGUCAACUGGGAGUGCCAAGUCAAUACAAAUUUGUCUGGUACCAUAAUUGGUACCUUACUCGGUAUGCAAUACAUGUCGAAAACGUCCCUCGGUCAAGGUGGUACCAUCAUUAACGUGGCCUCCAUCAUGGGUCUUAUUCCUUCGUCCGGAUACCCCAUUCAUACCCUGACCCAAUUUGGAAUUGUUGGUUUUUCGCGAGCUAUUGGAAAUCUCAACCAUUUUGAUCGUACUGGUGUUAGAGUUACGGCUCUAUGUCCCGGUUUAACAAACACGAAAUUAUUAAAACAAGCUCCGUAUCAUGCCAUUAACGAUAAAUUUCGGAAGGAAUUCAAGGAGGAAUCUGGUGGUUGUGUUUUGCAAAAGCCGGAAAGUGUGGCGUUGGCAACAUUGGAUGUUUUGCAAGAUGCUCUGCCUGGAUCCGUUUGGGUGGUGGAGAAUAACAGCAAACCGUAUGAAAUUAGAUUUCCGGAAGUUGCUGAUUUGAGAUUUAAAAAUAAAUGCUAAAUUGAUGUUUAA